UUCAUUUCCCAGCAUGCAUAAACAUUGCAUGCAGAACUGCACUCUGGGAUUUGGAGUCCUCAUCCCUCACCUUCUCCCAGUCUUUAACAGAGAGUACAAGGGACCUUGCAGGAGAAUCUAAACGCAAAGCAUCACCCAAGGUCGUGAAAUGUAGGCUCCCCUCGCAUCCGGGGCCUUGUUCCGUCUUUUGCUGGGUGGGGAAUGGUGUCGCCUAGCAGCCGCUGCCGCUCUUGAUUGCACUGGACCAGUUGGCGGGAUCCAGAGACCCGGUGGAAGCGCGCUGUGGAGCGGUCGGGCGUAGCGGCGGGACCAAGCUUGGUCCGUGCGGCAGAUGAGGGGACGCUGCUGGUUUCCAUCCUUGGUUAGGUGGGUGGAUUUUGGUGAGAGGGAGCAGCCAGUUUGUUUCCAAGCAGGUUCUUUAAGCCUCAGGGCCCGUAUGUAACAGCCUAGCUUCCCUGCUCCCUAGUCUUUGCUUGGCAACCCAUUUGUCUUCUAGCUUCGGCCCUGGUUUCCUCGGCCUACCUGCGCCCAUUUCAGCCGUUUCCGCACCCUUUUUACCCCCAAUUCCUGCUUCUCCGAAUCAGAAUUCAUUUUCAGCCUUCCAGGCAGCCCCGCGCUUGGCACCAUUAGAUAUUCGAGCGCCUCUAGUGGUAAGGGGGGGCGUAGAGGAGGAGACGCAGAACCUUAGUUCUGAUCUAGAUGAGUCUUAGGAAGGGAGCUUGUAGUUUAUUCAGCUGGUGCAGCAUCUGCUGGUUUGUGCCAGCUGUAAUUUUGAUCAAGGCUAUAUAUAUCUGUAUAUAUGUAUAUCUGUCAUACAAUUAAGGAGCCAUUGCUCUUUGCUAACAUCUUAGAGUUAUAAUGAUGUAAUCUACAAAAACAGUAAUGUUGUUUACAUUGAAAAUGCUAAUACCCACCUGUUUUGUUACAGAAGGUAAAAGCGCAGUGAAAGAUUUCACGAUGCCACCUAAUAUAAACUGGAAAGAAAUAAUAAAAGUUGACCCAGAUGACCUGCCUCGUCAAGAAGAAUUGGCAGAUAAUUUACUGGUUUCCUUAUCCAAGGUGGAAAUAAGUGAGCUAAAACAUGCAAGUCAAGAAAAUGUGAUACACCUUUUCAGAAUUACUCAAUCACUAAUGAAGAUGAAAGCUCAAGAAGUAGAACUAGCUUUGGAGGAAGUUGAGAAAGCUGGAGAAGAACAAGCAAAAUUCGAAAAUCAAUUAAAAACUAAAGUAAUGAAACUGGAAAAUGAACUGGAGAUGGCUCAGCAAUCUGCAGGUGGUCGUGACACUCGGUUUUUACGUGAUGAAAUUCGCCAACUUGAAAAGCAAUUGGAACAAAAAGAUAGAGAAUUGGAGGACAUGGAAAAGGAGUUGGAGAAAGAGAAGAAAGUUAAUGAACAAUUGGCUCUUCGAAAUGAGGAGGCAGAGAAUGAAAACAGCAAAUUAAGAAGAGAGAAUGAGCAACUUCGUCAGGAUAUUGUUGACUAUCAGAAACAAAUAGAUUCUCAAAAAGAAACACUUUUGUCAAGAAGAGGAGAAGACAGUGACUACCGAUCACAGUUGUCUAAAAAAAACUAUGAACUUGUCCAAUAUCUGGAUGAAAUUCAGACUUUAACAGAAGCUAAUGAAAAAAUUGAAGUUCAGAAUCAAGAAAUGAGAAAAAAUUUAGAAGAGUCUGUACAGGAGAUGGAAAAGAUGACUGAUGAGUAUAACAGGAUGAAAGCUAUUGUACAUCAGACAGAUAAUAUAAUGGACCAAUUAAAAAAGGAAAAUGAUCAUUAUCGGCUUCAAGUGCAGGAGCUUACAGACCUUCUGAAAGCAAAAAAUGAAGAAGAUGAUCCAGUCAUGGCUGCUGUCAAUGCAAAAGUAGAAGAAUGGAAGUUAAUUUUGUCUUCUAAAGAUGAUGAAAUUAUUGAAUAUCAGCAAAUGUUACAUAACCUGAGAGAGAAAUUGAAAAAUGCCCAGCUUGAUGCUGAUAAAAGUAGUGUGAUGGCUCUACAACAGGGUAUACAAGAACGAGAUAGUCAAAUUAAGAUGCUCACUGAGCAAGUGGAACAAUAUACAAAAGAAAUGGAAAAAAAUACUUUCAUUAUUGAAGAUUUGAAAAAUGAGCUUCAAAGAAACAAAGGUGCUUCAACUCUUUCCCAACAGACUCAUUAUAUGAAAAUUCAGUCAAAGUUUCAAAUGUUAGAAGAGAAAACUAAAGAGGCUGAGAGAACAGCUGAACUGGCUGAGGCUGAUGCUAGGGAAAAGGAUAAAGAACUAGUUGAGACUCUAAAGCGAUUAAAAGAUUAUGAAUCGGGAAUAUAUGGUUUAGAAGAUGCUGUUAUUGAAAUAAAGAAUUGUAAAAACCAGAUUAAAAUAAGAGAUCGAGAGAUUGAAGUAUUGACGAAGGAAAUCAAUAAACUUGAGUUGAAGAUCAAUGAUUUCCUCGAUGAAAAUGAGGCACUUAGGGAGCGCAUGGGCCUUGAACCGAAGACAAUGAUUGAUUUAACUGAAUUUAGAAAUAGCAAAAGCUUAAAGCAACAGCAGUACAGAGCUGAAAACCAGAUUCUUUUGAAAGAGAUUGAAAGUCUAGAGGAAGAACGACUUGAUCUGAAAAAAAAAAUUCGCCAAAUGGCUCAAGAAAGAGGAAAAAGAGCUGCAACUUCAGGAUUAACCAUUGAGGACCUAAACCUAACUGAAAACUUUUCUCAAGAAAAUAGAGUAGGAGAAAGGAAAUUCGAUUUUACAAGCCUCAAAAAUAUAAGUGAAACACAAUUAAAGAAUGAAUUUCUUUCAAGAGAACUAAUUGAAAAGGAAAGAGAUUUAGAAAGAGGUAGAACAGUAAUAACCAAAUAUCAGAAUAAAUUAAAAGAAUUAGUUGAAGAAAAUAAGCAACUGGAAGAAGGUAUGAAAGAAAUAUUGCAAGCUAUUAAAGAAAUGCAGAAAGAUCCUGAUGUUAAAGGGGAAACAUCUCUAAUUAUUCCUAGUCUUGAAAGACUAGUUAACGCUAUAGAAUCAAAGAAUGCAGAAGGAAUCUUUGAUGCAAAUCUGCAUUUGAAAGCCCAAGUUGAUCAACUUACUGGAAGGAAUGAAGAAUUAAGACAGGAGCUCAGGGAAUCUCGGAAGGAGGCUAUAAAUUAUUCUCAGCAGUUGGCAAAAGCAGAUUUAAAGAUAGAUCAUCUUGAAAAAGAAGCCAUUCUUUUACGGCAAUCAGAAGGAUCAAAUGUUGUUUUUAAAGGAGUAGACUUACCUGAUGGGAUAGCACCAUCUAGUGCCAAUAUUAUUAAUUCUCAAAAUGAAUAUUUAAUACGUAUCUUACAGGAACUAGAAUAUAAAGAAAAUAAAUUAAAAAAUUUAGAAGAUUCUCUUGAGGACUAUAACAGAAAAUUUGCAGUAAUUCGUCAUCAACAGAGUUUAUUAUAUAAAGAAUAUUUAAGUGAAAAGGAGACCUGGAAAACAGAAUCUGAAACAAUGAAAGAGGAAAAGAAAAAACUUGAGGAUCAAAUCCAACAAGGUGCUAUAAAAGUAAAAGAAUAUAAUAAUUUGCUUAGUGCUCUUCAGAUGGAUUCGGGUGAAAUGAAAAAAACACUUUCAGAAUAUAGUAGAAAAAUUACAGUCUUGCAAGUGAAUGAAAAGUCACUCAUAAGACAAUAUACUACUUUAGUAGAAUUGGAGCGACAGCUUAGGAAAGAAAACGGGAAACAGAAGAAUGAAUUGAUAUCAAUGGAAGCUGAAGUUGGUGAAAAAAUUGGACGUUUGCAACGAUUUAAGGAAAUGGCCAUUUUCAAGAUUGCAGCUCUGCAAAAAGUUAUAGAUAAUAGUGUUUCUUUGUCUGAGCUAGAAUUGGCCAAUAAACAGUACAAUGAACUGACUGCAAAAUACAGGGACAUCUUGCAAAAAGAUAAUAUGCUUGUUCAAAGAACAAAUAACUUGGAACACUUAGAGUGUGAAAAUGCAUCCCUGAAAGAACAAGUGGAGUCUAUAAAUAAAGAACUGGAGAUUACCAAGGAAAAACUUUACACUGUUGAACAAGCCUGGGAACAAGAAACUAAAUUAGGAAAUGAAUCAAACAUGGAUAAGGCAAAGAAAUCAAUAACCAACAGUGAAAUUGUUUCCAUUUCAAAAAAAAUUACUAUGCUGGAGAUGAAAGAAUUAAAUGAAAGGCAGCGGGCUGAACAUUCUCAAAAAAUGUAUGAACACGCAAGGACUUCAUUAAAGCAAAUGGAAGAACGUAAUUUUGAAUUGGAAACCAAAUUUGCUGAGCUUACCAAAAUCAAUUUGGAAGCACAGAAGGUGGAACAGAUGUUAAGAGAUGAACUAGCUGAUAGUGUGAGCAAGACAGUAAGUGAUGCUGAUAGGCAACGGAUUCUAGAAUUAGAGAAGAAUGAAAUGGAACUAAAAGUUGAAGUGUCAAAACUGAGAGAGAUUUCUGAUAUUGCCAAAAGACAAGUUGAAAUUUUGAAUGCACAACAACAGUCCAGGGAAAAAGAAGUAGAAUCUGUCAGAAUGCAACUGUUAGACUAUCAGGCACAGUCUGAUGAAAAGGCACUAAUUGCCAAGUUGCAUCAACAUGUCGUCUCUCUUCAAAUCAGUGAGGCUACUGCGCUUGGUAAGUUGGAAUCAGUUACAUCUAAACUGCAGAAAAUGGAGGCCUGUAAUUUGCGCUUAGAGCAGAAACUUGAUGAAAAGGAACAGGCUCUCUAUUAUGCCCGUCUGGAGGGGAGAAACAGAGCAAAACAUCUGCGCCAAACAAUUCAGUCUCUCCGACGACAGUUUAGUGGAGCUUUACCCUUGGCACAGCAGGAAAAGUUCUCUAAAACGAUGAUUCAAUUACAAAACGACAAACUUAAGAUAAUGCAAGAAAUGAAAACUUCUCAACAAGAGCAUAGAAAUAUGGAGAACAAAGCAAUGGAAAUGGAAUUAAAGUUAAAGGGGCUGGAAGAGUUAAUAAGCACUUUAAAGGAUGCCAGGGGAGCCCAAAAGGUAAUCAGUUGGCAUAUGAAAAUAGAAGAACUACGUCUUCAAGAGCUUAAACUAAAUAGAGAAUUAGUCAAGGAUAAAGAAGAGAUAAAAUAUUUGAAUAAUAUAAUUUCUGAAUAUGAGCAUACAAUCAGCAGUCUGGAGGAAGAAAUUGUGCAGCAAAACAAGUUUCAUGAAGAAAGGCAGAUGGCCUGGGAUCAAAGAGAAGUUGAGCUAGAACGUCAACUAGACAUUUUUGACCAUCAGCAAAAUGAAAUACUAAAAGCAGCACAAAAGUUUGAAGAGGCGACAGGAUCAUUGCCAGACCCUAGUUUGCCCCUUCCAAAUCAACUUGAGAUUGCUCUAAGAAAAAUUAAGGAAAAUGUUCGAAUAAUCCUAGAAACACGGGCAACUUGUAAAUCACUAGAAGAGAAGCUAAAAGAAAAAGAAUCUGCUUUACGGUUAGCAGAGCAAAAUAUUCUGUCAAGGGACAAAGUCAUCACUGAACUAAGGCUUCGAUUGCCUGCCACUGCAGAACGUGAAAAGCUUAUAGCCGAACUAGGCAGAAAAGAGGUAGAACCAAAAUCACAUCACACGCUGAAAAUUGCUCAGCAGACCAUUGCAAAUAUGCAGGCAAGGUUAAACCAAAAGGAAGAAGUGUUAAAGAAGUACCAACAUCUUCUGGAAAAAGCAAGAGAGGAGCAAAGAGAAAUUGUUAAGAAACAUGAAGAAGACCUUCAUAUUCUUCAUCGUAAAUUAGAACUACAGGCUGAUAGUUCACUCAAUAAAUUCAAACAAACAGCUUGGGAUUUAAUAAAACAGUCCCCUACUCCAGUUCCUACCAACAAGCAUUUUAUUCGUCUGGCUGAGAUGGAACAGACAGUAGCAGAACAAGAUGAUUCUCUCUCCUCACUUUUAGCCAAACUAAAAGAAGUAUCUCAAGAUUUAGAGAGACAAAAAGAAAUCACUGAAUUAAAAAUCAAAGAAUUUGAAAAUACCAAAUUGCGGCUCCAAGAAAACCAUGCAUAUGAAGUGAAAAAAGUGAAAGCAGAAGUAGAGGAUUUAAGGUGUCUUCUGGCCCAGUCACAAAAAGAGUCACAGAGUUUAAAAUCUGAACUUCAGGCUCAAAAAGAAGCAAAUUCAAGAGCUCCAACAACUACAAUGAGAAAUCUAGUAGAACGGCUAAAGAGCCAGUUAGCCUUGAAAGAGAAACAACAAAAAGCACUUAGUCGAGCACUUUUGGAACUCCGGACAGAAAUGACAGCAGCAGCUGAAGAACGUAUUAUUUCUGCAACUUCUCAGAAAGAGGCAAACCUCAAUGUUCAACAAAUGGUUGAUCGACAUACUAAAGAGCUAAAGUCACAAAUUGAAGACUUAAGUGAAAAUCUUUUAAAAUUGAAAGAAGCUCUUAAAACAAGUAAAAACAGAGAAAACUCAUUGACUGAUAAUUUGAAUGACUUAACCAAUGAACUGCAAAAAAAACAAAAAGCUUAUAAUAAAAUGCUUAGAGAGAAAGAUGGAAUUGAUCAAGAGAAUGAUGAACUGAAAAGGCAAAUUAAAAGACUGACCAGUGGAUUACAGGGAAAAUCUCUGUUAGAUAAUAAACAAAGUUUAAUUGAAGAACUCCAAAAGAAAAUUAAAAAGCUAGAAAGCCAACUGGAAAGAAAGGUGGAUGAGGCAGAAAUAAAGCCUAUGAAAGAAAAGAGUGCCAAAGAAGAAUUAAUUAGGUGGGAAGAAGGUAAAAAAUGGCAAACCAAAAUAGAAGGAAUUAGAAACAAGUUAAAAGAGAAAGAGGGGGAAGUGUAUAUUCUAACAAAGCAGUUGAAUACUUUGAAGGAUCUUUUUGCCAAGGCUGACAAAGAGAAACUUACUUUGCAGAGGAAACUAAAAACAACUGGCAUUACUGUUGAUCAGGUUAUGGGAGUGCGAGCUUUGGAGUCAGAAAAAGAGUUGGAAGAAUUGAAAAAGAGAAAUCUUGACUUAGAAAAUGACAUAUCAUAUAUGAGGACCCGUCAAGCUCUUCCUCGAGAUUCUGUCAUAGAAGAUUUACAUUUACAAAAUAGAUACCUCCAAGAAAAACUACAUGUUUUAGAAAAACAGUUUUCAAAGGAUGCAUAUUCUAGACCUUCAAAUCUGUUAUGUGACACAACUACGCUUUCUACCCUUGCUACCAGUGUUAAUAAAUAUAGGCAUAAUAUUUAUCACAAAAAGAGCACUUUCCACAAGAACAAAAAAAAACCCAUAAUGGUGUUCAGAAUUAAAAAUGGGAAGGGAAUAGAUGCCAGUAACAACUUACAUCAUCAGGUACCUAAAAGUAUUCUACGGCAUUACAGUAAUGAAGAAAGACACACAACAGAAGAUACUGUAGAUUCUGCGGAGUUAAAUAAAUCUGAGGCAAGACCAAAAAAUGAAUCAAGUCUGUUUAGGUCAACUAAUGGUACCAUGGCAGAUGUUAAGUCCAAUUUUGAAAAUGAACCAGAUCCUGAAAUUGAGAAAAUUAAUCAAGACUAUCAUGAAAAUAAUAAACAGGAACAUGAAAACAAGGAAGAGAAUGAGCUAGGCAAGAAUGUGAAAGGAAAGGGACACACAGCUGAAGAUGUGAGUCACGACCACCACAUGGAUCCAGAAGGAUCUGCCGGAGAAGACCAUGAUUGUGCCACAGUUGCUGCUGCACUGACUGAGAGUGCUGAGGAGGAAGCACAGGCAAAUUCUGAAACCGAUGUACCAGUCCAGCCAAGAAAUGAAGUGUCCCAGACUUCAGGAAUAGAGUCAGAUGAACACUGUCAAAGAGAACAAGAGCUUCAGAGGGAAAACUUAAAGCUGUCAUCUGAAAAUAUUGAACUAAAAUUUCAGCUUGAACAAGCAAAUAAAGAUUUGCCAAGAUUAAAGAAUCAAGUAAGAGAUUUGAAGGAAAUGUGUGAAUUUCUUAAGAAAGAAAAAGCAGAAGUUGAGCGGAAACUUGGCCAUGUUAGAGGGUCUGGUAGAAGUGGAAAGACAAUUCCAGAACUAGAAAAAACCAUUGGUUUAAUGAAAAAAGUAGUUGAAAAAGUCCAAAGGGAAAAUGAGCAGUUGAAAAAAGCAUCAGGAGUACUGACCAGUGAAAAAAUGGCUAAUAUUGAGCUGGAAAAUGAAAAGUUGAAGGCUGAAUUAGAAAAACUUAAAGUUCAUCUUGGACGUCAGUUGAGCAUGCACUAUGAAUCCAAGACCAAAGGCACAGAGAAAAUUGUUGCUGAAAAUGAAAGACUUCGUAAAGAACUUAAAAAAGAGACUGAAGCUACAGAGAAAUUGCGGAUAGCUAAGAAUAAUUUAGAGAUAUUAAAUAAGAAGAUGACAGUUCAACUAGAAGAGACUGGCAAGAGAUUACAGUUGGCAGAAAGUAGAGGUCCACAGCUUGAAGGUGCUGACAGCAAGAGCUGGAAAUCAAUUGUUGUUACAAGAAUGUAUGAAACCAAGCUGAAAGAAUUGGAAACUGACAUUGCCAAAAAAACGCAAAACCUUACUGAUCUUAAACAGCUUGUAAAACAAGCAACAGAGAGGGAACAAAAAGCUAAGAAAUACACUGAAGACCUUGAGCAACAAAUUGAGAUUCUCAAACAUGUUCCUGAAGGUGCUGAGACAGAGCAGAGCCUUCAACGGGCGCUUCAAGUUCUAAGAUUAGCUAAUAGACAGCUGGAAAAAGAAAAGGCAGAAUUAAUCCAUCAGUUGGAAGUUAACAAAGACCAAAGUGGAGCUGAAAGCACCAUAUCUGAUCUUGAUCAACUAACGGAAAAGGUAAAAGAUUUAGAGACACAGCUCAAAACCUCAGAUACAGAAAAGCAGUAUUUGAAGGAGGAAAUAAAAAAGCUGAAAAAAGAACUGGAAAACUUUGAUCCUUCAUUUUUUGAAGAAAUUGAAGAUCUGAAGUAUAAUUAUAAAGAAGAAGUGAAAAAGAAUAUUCUCUUAGAAGAGAAGUUAAAAAAACUUUCUGAACAAUUUGGAGUUGAAUUAAGCAGUCCCGUUGCUGCUUCUGAACAGUCUGAAGAUAAAGAGGAAAGUCCUGCUAAUUUCCCCAUUUAUUAAGAACCACCUAUAACUGUAGUUUUAUUUAUUUAUUAACUUUGUAAGUUAAAACUCCAUCAGGAAAUCAAGUCUCUGACCUACAUGAUUUCCAUCUCCAUAUCCUGUACCUUGGAAGUUUUAGUAAAAUUUACUAGAUAUCCAAUUUAAAAUUAAAUUGGAAAUUUACUAAAAUUUAGUGAAUUUUAAAUUUAGUAAUUUAAAAUAUGAAAUUUUAAACAUUAGAAAAGUAUAUUUUUGAAGAUUUUUAAAUUAUGUCUAUCAAAUGAGCUAUGAUGAAUUUCUGUACAUUCAUAAUAUUUAAGUUUUUUAAAGAGUAUGAGGGUGAACUUUAAUAAUUUUAACAUUUAAAAUUGGACUUUUACAUAUAUUUACUUAUAUGUGUUAAGACUAAUUUUAUAUAUAUGUACAUGUAUAUAAACAUGUUAUGAGGUUACAGCUAUAUGUUUUGUUAAGUGUCUAGUAAGAUUAAAUUGUUUUUUAAAUUCUUUAAUCCUCAAAAUUAAUGAUCCAGAAUUGUUUAACUGCUGUUUUUAAAUUACUACCCAGUAAUGGUAGAAUCCAACCUUUGUACAAGGUGGGAGAUUACUAUUACAUUUUUUUAAGUUUAGUGGUUGAAAUUCAUUUGCUGCUUCUAAAUAAAAUCUUGAAUAGA